GACAUUUCAAGAAAUGUCAUGUGUGAUUUUGUAGACAUGUGAGCUUGAGACAAAUAAAAACAAACACUGUUUGAUGGAAAUGAAUUACCGGAGUCUGCAAAGAGAAUUUCGCUCACUCGGUUGCACGGAUGAAGCACAAACAACGGCCUCUUGUCAACUUUAUAUUGAAUUAUGUGAAGUGCGACGAAAAUUAAAUGUGAAAUACUAUUAUAACGUCGUAAUUGACAAGAUAUAUAUGACUGUGAGUAAUGAAAGUGGCGAUGCGAUAGAAAGUUUCUAUUUGGCCAUACCAUCGAGUAAAACAUUAGAUUUAACAUUGACGGAACCUAUUCAAAAGGAAUUAAUUCAAGCGCACGCUCACGAGAUCAAUGAUCCUGAAAACGUGCCAGUCAGUUUGGCAAUUGUUGACUCAAGUACAACAAUUGCCUUCUACAAACUUAUACUUGGACUAAGCAGUUUGGAUACAAUGAAAAAUAAAAAGCAACGAGCAAGAAAUGAACUGUAAAAUAUUGAAAAUGCAU